AUGUCGAUAUUGGCCCCAUGCCGCCAUUCAGUCGCAGUCGCGCAGAUAUGCACCACCUUCCUGUUGCUGUUCUCCGCACUGCAUGUUGCCGAGGGCGUACAUCACAUGGCCAUCAAGACUCCGCGCAAGCAACUUCGCCGAAAAUUGGACAUAACACCCUUGUUGGUCACCAAUAACUGUCCUGAGAAGAUUUGGCCAGGCAUCUCUACCCAGUCUGGACAGGGACCGAGCGAGAAUGGCUUUGAGCUGGAGCCUGGGGAGACCAAGAACCAGACCGUGUCGGAGGAUUGGCAGGGCCGAGUUUGGGGACGAACCAAUUGCACAUUCAAUAGUGACGGUUCUGGCCCAGCGUCUGGGAGUGGAAAGGCUUGCUACUCGGGCGACUGCUAUGGCAGACUGAAUUGUCAGGUUGGAGGCGACGUGCCCGUUUCCCUGGCAGAAUUCACCUUGGACGCCGGGGAUGGUCAUACUUACUACGACAUCUCGUUGGUCGACGGCUACAACAUACCCAUCGCAAUCGUCUUACAGCCACUUGAAAACGUCACCCUCGACGACAUCCCGCCGAAUUUGACAAACCCUUCCUGUCAAGGAACAGACGGUCUACUAGCAACAAAGGGCUACGAUCCAUACCCCGAGCAUCCCAACUUUCUGCGAACAAAUUCCUCUUUCGCGCUUCCCUGGGAAGUCGAGGUAGACGAGCAAGAAAUCUCCCGCUGGUGUCCGUGGGAUCUGCAACAAUCACCCCCCGAUAAGCCAGGAGACGGUGUAUACCCUUAUCCCGACGAUGAUAUCCAAAGACCACUGUUCAACCCCUGUUUUUCGGCUUGUGCGAAGAACAACAAACCACAAGACUGCUGUACGGGAGAGUAUAAUUCGGCCAGCAAGUGCUCACCCGGUGAUUACUCCAAGAAUGUGAAAAAAGUCUGCCCUGAUGCCUACAGUUUUGCGUUUGACGACCAGACUUCCACGUUCAUCAUCCCUUCCGGAGCAGGCUUCGAAGUCGUUUUCUGCCCAGGCGCCCGCUCAACAAGAAUCAUCGACACCAGCCUUGCGGAGAUGCAGGCGCUGUCUCAGCGCGGUAGAGUGGAUAAGCAGGCGGCCUUGAGGCUCACAAAGCGCAGACAGGAGAUGUUUGGACCAAGUGGCACAGCCGGACUGGUACAGUUAAAUCGUGCCCUGCUUGGCGUGUCUGCUGCUAGUAUAGUGUUGUCCGUUGACUCAAAUGGCAACGGAGUAAAGGCAGCUGACGUCCGCGUCCACAAAGACGUAUGCAAGGCAUGCAGUGUUCAGAAAGCGAAACCUUGCCCGUUCUCGGGCGUUCCCGAGGAACUGAGGCUGUUGCGCGUAGACGAAGACGAAGACCUCGCGCGACACGGUCUUCCACUCACAUAUUUUGAAGCCUCCAUCACCAUGGCGAAAGCGCAGGCACUGAAUGUACAGCCGUUGACGGAUGAAUGGAGUUUCAAGCAGGCUGAUGAUGAGGCUGAGAAUGCUUGGAUGGCAGUCAAGAGAGUGCCAACCAAUGUUCAUCUUGACUUGAUUGAGCAUGGCAAGAUUCCCGAUCCCUUCCUGGGUUUCAAUGAAUUACAGGCAGAGUGGGUGGCAGACAAGGCAUGGACAUACAGAGUGGCGCUGCCCAAAAUAUCAAGGCCAAAAGACGGUAUAACUCACGUACUAGCUUUCGAUGGUCUUGACACGUUUGCAACCGUCAAACUAAACAACCUAAUCAUCUUGGAAAGCGAUAACAUGUUCAUACCACAUCGGGUUGAUGUAACUGGCAAAUUGAACCCGGACCAAGAGAACACAUUAGAGAUCACCUUCAAAUCCGCCCGAUUGGAAGCCAUCAAGAUCAAGGAAAAAUAUCCGGAUCAUCAAUGGGUGGGAUUCAAUGGUGACAUGUCUAGGCUUGCUGUGAGGAAGGCACAGUAUCACUGGGGAUGGGAUUGGGGUCCAAUACUCAACACCUGCGGUCCUUGGAGGGAAUUACGAUUGGAGACCUAUGAAGCACGCAUCAGUGACCUGCGCGUCGACUACACCCUCGACGAGAGCUUGAAAGUUGUCCGAGGCACCCUCAGGACGAAAAUUGAUGGCGCGUCUGCAAAAAGUGUAAACUUCGUAGUGUACGAUGAAGACAAGCUGGUAUUCAAAGAAUCAGCAAUUGUCAAUGACGGUCUAGCCAAGGUCGAAUUCCACGUCAACAACCCGAAACUAUGGUUCCCGCAUGGGUACGGAGAACAGCCUCUUUACAAAGUCACAGCGACAGUGACUGCAGAGGAUGUGGACCUGCAUCAAGUAACGCGGCGGACUGGCUUCCGACGGGGUGAGCUCAUCCAGGAGCACGAUACUAUUGGCAAGAGUUUUUAUUUCCGCGUAAACGGGGUUGACGUGUUCUGUGGUGGCUCAGACUGGAUUCCUGCAGACUCUUUCACACCAAGGGUCACGGAAGAAAAGUACCGCAAGUGGCUCGAGAUGAUGGUUGACGGCUAUCAGAUAAUGAUACGCAUUUGGGGCGGCGGAAUCUGGGAAGAGGACGUGUUCUACGACAUCUGUGAUGAGCUUGGUGUGUUGGUGUGGCAAGACUUCAUGUUUGGUUGUGGCAACUAUCCCGCUUUCCCAAAGAUCCUGAAAUCGAUCGAAGAUGAAUGCACCGCCAAUGUGGCGCGAUUGCGACACCACCCCUCGAUCAUCAUUUACGCCGGGAACAACGAGGACUACCAGGUGCAAGAAUCAUUUGGGUUGACAUACAAUUACGAGGACAAAGACCCAGAGAGCUGGCUCCACUCAGACUUUCCUGCACGAUACGUAUACGAAAAGGCGAGUCUGCUGCCUGAAGUCGUCGCGGCCGAGAGUCCACAUGUCCCAUAUCACCCAGGAUCACCAUGGGGUGACGGCCUGAAGACGUCGAAUCCCACAGUGGGCGACAUGCAUCAAUGGAAUGUAUGGCAUGGGACACAGGAAAAGUACCAGAUCUUCGACACGCUCGGCGGCCGAUUCAAUAGCGAGUUCGGCAUGGAAGCAUUCCCUCACAUCGAUACUGUCAGAUAUUGGUGUACGGAUCCUGCACAACUAUACCCCCAAAGUCACAUGCUAGACUUUCACAACAAGGCAGACGGACAUGAGCGCAGGAUAGCGACGUAUCUGGUCGAGAACUUCCGCUCUAAGACUGACUUGGAGUCGUUUAUUCAUCUGACACAGCUAUCCCAAGCCGAAGCUUUGAUGUUCGGUUACCGAGGUUGGCGACGUCAGUGGGGUCAGGACCGCCAUUGCGGUGGUGCGCUCGUCUGGCAGCUCAACGACUGUUGGCCCGUCACGUCUUGGUCUAUUGUCGAUUACUUCCAGCGAAAGAAGCCCGCUUAUUAUGCAAUGCGUCGGGUCCUUGCCCCUAUUGCUAUUGCCGUUAAGCGAGCGCAUUUUGAUUGGAGUGUUGUGCAUGCGCGAGUCCCCAAGCAGAGUGCAUACGAGGUUUGGGUUGCAAGUCAGCAGCUGGAGGAAGUGGUCGCGACUAUUGAGUUGCGAUAUAUCAGCAUCAAGAGCGGGAAGGAGAUAAAGGAUAAGAUCACCAAGAGGGAUGUGAUACUGGUGGCAAAUGGCACAACCGAUAUCCUCUCAGGCACGAUCGACAACCGGAACGAAGAACCGCAUGUGUUAGCCGUAAGGAUAUGGGUUGAUGGCGAGAUCGUUUCGCGAGAUGUCGAUUGGCCGCAACCUCUGAAGUACCUGGAUUUUGAGGAUCGCGGCCUGGAAGUAAUACCUAAAGGCGAUACCAUCCUGGUCAAGGCGUCGAAACCUACCAAGGGCCUUGUCUUUGAGGAGCGCUCGGGCGUUCUCGUGCAUGACAGCGCUAUUGAUGUUGUACCUGGCGAUGAACAGAUCAUCAAAGUGAAGGGUCUCGGUGAGCAAGAUCACCCGCUAAAAUGGACGUUCCUCGGCAAAGAUUGA